AUGGAUAAGUCAUGGAUGCACUCGGAUAGAAGAUCGAAGGCAUAUGAGUUAGGGGUGGAAGCAUUUUUGAACUUUUCUGUAGAAAAUCUUCUAACUACAACACAUAUCCAUUGUCCAUGUGUUAAAUGUGUUAAUUUGAAAUUGUUUGGGGUUGGAAUUAUAAGGGAUCACUUAUACUUUAAUGGAGUUGACCAAAGCUAUAAGAAUUGGACAUUUCACGGAGAACCUUGGGAAGCAACUACUAAUGCUAGUAGAAAUGUUGAAGAAGAUGAUGACCAUAGUAGGUACAGUUUUGUGUCUGAAGAAAUAGAGAUGGAUGAUAAUGAUUUUGGUGAUUUUGGAUCCGAUCCUUAUGAGUUUGCCAAUGUGAUUGGGGAUGGAGAUCAACCAUUGUACCCUGGUUGUAGAAAGUACACGAAGUUAUCAGCAUUAGUGAAGUUGUAUAAUUUGAAGGCAAAACAUGGGAUGAGUGAUGUCUGUUUUACAGAAUUAUUGAUACUUCAAGGCGAUUUGCUUCCAGAAGGAAAUACAAUACCGGACUCUAUGUAUGAAGCAAAAAAGUGUUGUUCGGAAAGUGUAUAUGCACAUGUAUGA